CAGGGCGUUCUGUCUCCGAGGUCAGCAACGGGCUCGCCCUUACUGGAGCUGCCUUUGUGCUCCGAGGUAGCUCGCCCUGCGAGCCAGUCACCUGACCCUCCCCGGGAGCAGCCGAGGGCUACCGCCGCAUUCCUGGAAUUCUUGCUCUCGGCACCAGCGGGUGGACAGCUGCGGGUUCUGUGAGCUGCAGUUGAGACUGGCUGUCCGCCUCCCGCCCCGGCUAGAAGCUUUCGGCCAGGCCAGUGACAGCAAGUGAGCCUUGGAGGAGUAGCUCGUCGCAGGGACUGCCAAAGGAGACCCCUGAAGUCUGAAGAAUAAUGGCCCUUCCUGGAAUGUGAAGUAUACCUACUGCCGCAUGAUUUCCUCUCUCUAACCGUGGAUAGUUGAUCAUGGCUGUGUGUCCACCACAGAAAGCCAACUGAUCCAACCCACAAUGCAUCAACUUUUCAGACUGGUUUUGGGGCAAAAAGAUCUUUCAAGAGCUGGGGAUCUCUUCUCUUUAGACGACGCCGAGAUUGAAGACAGCCUCACAGAAGCGUUGGAGCAGAUUAAAGUCAUUAGCUCAUCUUUGGAUUACCAAACUAAUAAUAACGACCAGGCGGUGGUUGAGAUCUGUAUCACAAGGAUCACAGCGGCCAUCAGAGAGACGGAAUCCAUUGAAAAGCAUGCCAGGGCCCUGGUGGGACUGUGGGAUUCCUGCUUGGAACACAACCUGAGGCCUGCAGGGAAAGACGAAGAUACUCCGCAUGCAAAAAUCGCAUCUGAUAUCACGAGUUGCAUCUUGCAGAAUUACAACCGGACCCCUGUGAUGGUCUUAGCUGUCCCCAUUGCAGUGAAGUUCCUCCACAGAGGUAACAAGGAGCUGUGUAGGAACAUGUCCAACUACCUGUCCCUGGCUGCCAUCACCAAGGCAGAUCUCCUGGCUGAUCACACCGAGGGGAUAAUAAAGAGCAUACUCCAAGGAAAUGCCAUGCUGUUGAGGGUGUUACCUGCUGUGUAUGAAAAGCAGUCUCAGCCAAUCAACAGACACCUGGCAGAACUCCUGGCCUUGAUGUCUCAAUUGGAACAGACAGAACAGUACCAUCUCCUACGGCUUUUGCAUGUAGCAGCAAAGAGAAGAGAUGUGGAGGUGGUUCAGAAAUGUGUUCCUUUCCUCGUCAGGCAUCUGAAGGAUUCAACCUAUAAUGACUUCAUCCUAAACAUCCUCAUAGAAAUAGCUGGCUAUGAGCCACUGGCUUUGAGCGGUUUUCUACCAAUGCUGAAGGAGACUGGGGAGAGAUUCCCCUACCUCACUGGACAAAUAGCUAGGAUCUUUGGCGCCGUUGGACAUGCAGAUGAAGAAAGAGCCAGGAGCUGCCUGAGAUACCUGGUAAGCCAGCUGGCUAACAUGGAGCAUUCGUUUCACCAUAUUCUGCUGCUGGAAAUUAAGAGCAUCACUGAUGCCUUCUCUUCCAUCCUGGGCCCUCACAGCAGGGACAUCUUCCGAAUGAGCAACAGCUUCACCAACAUUGCCAAGCUGCUUUCACGACAACUGGAAAACGGCAGGGCUGGGAAUGGCAGGAGAAAAACUAGCACUGAAGUUGGUGUUCCUGAGAAAGUGGAAGGAGCCAAGACCAGGGAACCUGAAAGUGAAGACCAUGAAAAACUCCAAGUUAAAAUCCAAGCCUUUGAAGACAAAAUAAAUUCUGAGAGCAAUACCCCUGCUUCUGUCCUGAGAUACAGCUUAAACCAUGUCUCUAAGGAAGAACAAAGAAACAUUAGAUUUAGCAGGUCAAGGAGUCUGGCUUUGAAUGCUGUGCUCACAUCUGGUGUGAGAGAAGAUGGGGAGGCUGAAGAAAGGGCAGGAAUGCAUGCCAGCAUCUCUCUUUCAGAAAUAGACCCACUUAUCCAUGGAAUUGGCAAGUUGCCUCUCAAGAUAGAUGCCCAUGGACCACAGCUGAGAAAUUCCUCAGCCUCACACCCAAGUGUUAUACAUAUAGAACCAGAGAAUAUGCCUGAAACUGUUAAAGAAAGCAUCCGGGAAGAAAUUCCAGAGACAGCCGCAAGUCCUGUUGAAUACCAAGAUAAGCUCUACUUGCAUUUAAAGGAAAACUUCAGUAAAGUGAAGGCUUAUGCCAUGGAAAUCACAAAGAAGAUCCCAGUCCCAGACCAGUGCACCAUUGAAGAAACCAUAGGAAGCUGUGAGGCAAAGCUGUUGUUUACCUGUUCCUUAAAGGGUCAUUACUGCCUGUACAGCAAGUCCAGCUUCACCCUCAUCAGCCAAGCACCCCAGCCAUGGAUCCAGAUCAUGUUUCUCUUCCAACAGAGCCUGUUUCCUGAGCCCCUGUCCAUUCAGAGUGGGUCUAUACAGUUCCUCAAAGGCCUAUGGGAGAAGACACAGGCCAGUGGAACCCACAGCUUUGAAGACGCUAUGACAGAAUCCACAUUUCUACAGCAAAAGGACCUGGACCAGGUUCAGCUCCAUCUGGAAGAAGUGAGGUUCUUUGAUGUGUUUGGAUUCAGCGAAACAGCAGGGGCAUGGCAAUGCUUCAUGUGCAACAACCCUGAAAAGGCAACCGUUGUCAAUCAAGAUGGCCAGCCUCUCAUUGAAGGGAAGCUUAAAGAGAAACACGUGAGAUGGAAGUUCAUCAAGAGGUGGAAAACGCGUUAUUUUACCUUGGCUGGGAACCAACUUCUGUUCCAAAAAGGGAAAUCGAAAGACGAUCCCGAUGAUUCCCCAAUAGAACUCAGCAAAGUACAGAGUGUGAAGGCUGUGGCUAGGAAACGCCGGGAUCGCUCCCUCCCUCGGGCUUUUGAAAUCUUCACGGAUAAUAAGACCUACGUUUUCAAAGCCAAGGACGAGAAGAGUGCCGAAGAAUGGCUGCAGUGCAUCAACGUAGCGCUUGCCCAAGCAAAAGAGAGGGAAAGCAGAGAAGUGACCACGUAUCUAUAAAGACAUUGACCAUGCAUUGACCAUGCAAGGAUGUGGCAUCAUCCUUUGUUUCACUAAAUGCCAGUGAAACCAUUACCCCUGAGAAGGAGGGCCUAAAGGGACGGAGUUCUCAGUAGAUCUCACACCCUCACAACUCUUAUAUUAACUCCCAGACAUCUUCCUGAAGUGCACGAGAAAGAGGAGCCAUAGAGUUCCUACUGGAGCAUGUAGGGGGCCAAGAAGGGAAAGUUACAAAUGAAGGAACUUCUGUGGCUAUGUGAUGUAUGACUGUAAGAAAACAUUAUGUGGGGCCGGUGAGAAGACUCAGAAGGUAAAAUGCACUUGCUGAUGGCCUGAAUUCUAGCCCCAUAAUUGACCUGGUGGAAGGAGAGAACCAACUCCUAGGAAUUAUCCUCUGUUCUCUGCAUACCAUGGCACAUUCAUACCCCCAGCAGAUAGAUGGAUAGAUGGAUGGAUGGAUGGAUGGAUGGAUGGAUGGAUGGUAUUGUAAAAACAGACGUCUGGAAGAUCUGCCUUGAAGAAAAACUACUACAUUUAGAACAUAUUUUUUUAAACUGUUAGGAGAAGUUGAACCAACAUGUGCUGAAAAAAACCAACAAUUUUAGGCUGAGCAGUGGCAGCACACGCCUUUAAUCCCAGCACUCAGAAGGUGAGGUAGGCCAGUCUCUGUGAACUUGAAACCAGCCUGGUCUACAGAAUGAGUCCCAGGACAACCAGGGCACUACAGAAAAAUGCUGUCAUGAAAAACAAGCAAACAAACAAAACAACAAAAAAAAAAACAUUAACUUUAAUAUAUUAGUCACCUUUCUGUUGCUGUUAUAUAAUACUCUGACAAAAGCAACUUAGGGGAGAAGGGGUUUGUUUUGGUUUACACAAAACCCACCUCCACCGGUGCACUGCCCCUAGCAGGGAUCCACCUCCUAAGGGCUCCAGAACCUCCCGAAACACCACUACCAACUACGGACCCAGCAUUCAAAUACGUGAGCCUAUGAGGGUUAUUCGCUAUGUAAACUUUCACAUUUUAUUUCUCUUCUCGAUACAGAAGAUGCUAACACAUAAUGCAGUGGUCCUUGUUACAUAAUUAAAUUUAGGCUCUAAGUAGAGUGUAAUUGAUCGUCACUUCUUAAGCACACGGUUAUCUCUACUGUCCAAGGCAGUAAGUAUAGAUAGAAUAAGGAUGGAAAGAAUAAGCAUAGCCUCCCUUAAGCUGAAAGGUUUUUAAUAAGAAUCCUGUUUUACAUCUCUGUAGUAAGCCUUGUAUUGUCCAAAUUAUAAACAUGUAUUUGUUGGGUUUUUUUGCCACUACCCAUAUAUAAUCUUGAAUUAAGCCACCAUAGACAGAUCAGGUGACUUCCAGGGACCCAUGCUCUGUAAAAAUGUUCUACCCCUUGAGUGGUAGAGUGUGGGACCUGAAGCUUGCUUCUAACUUACAUAAUAGAACAAAAGUGAUAGGAUAGCCUAGCCUCUCCUAUAAUUGUGUUACAUUACAAGGGACAUCUGACCUGACACAAUAGAGAGCCUCCCAGGAUCUAGCCCAGCCACCACUGUGGUGGCAGUCAUGACAUACUCUGAUCUGAGGGACCAGGCAAGAUGGAUUCUUGCCCCACAAGAACUGUGCAAAUAAUAACUAUACUCUGCUUUAAAUGCAAGCCAUGCAGUGAUUUUUUUAUGCGCUGAUUAAUUCAUAUAAAACCCUCCUGGUAAUAUAUCAAAGAUAACUUUUUUCUGUAAAGAUGAUUUAUUAUGUAUUUGAGUAUAGAAGCCUGGGAAAAGACUUAACUUGUCACUACAAUGACACUACUGUUAACUCACUGGUGUGGGAAAUAUUAAAAGGGUCAUACCUGAGCAAAGAAACUUAAUUCAAUUUUAACAUGUAAAGUUUGAGAAGAUUAUGAGCCACAGGAGUUAUUACACAUUGGAAAUGGAGUUCAAGAGGUCAAAAUUUGGGUCCAUUGCAUAUGUAGGUAAUUGUGAAAGAUAUGAAAUUGGUUGGAAAUUACUGCAGAAAAAUAAGAAAUGGAAGAAUUGAUAUGGGCCCCUUGGGAUACCAAUGCUUGGGCAAAGUCAGGUUAAGCUGAUCAGUAUUCAGAGAUGAUGUAGUCCAGGAGACCUGAUAUUAUAAGAGAUAAAUUAAGAAAGAUUUUCAAGGUGUCAACAAUUUGAAGUCCUAAAGAUAAAGCUUGACUUUCAUAAUUAGGAGGCAAUUGAUGCCACUGGUAAGAACGAAUUCCUUGGAAUGAUGGAGAAAACGUUAACUUUCCAUGUGUUAUGGUAAUUGACUGCCGCAUUUUAAUUUUUUUUAAAGGUGAGGUUAGGGUGAGAGAGCAAGGAUGGAUAAGUGAUUCCUUAUUUUGUUUUCAGGUGAAGUCAUCUUAAGAAGGAAAACAACUUAACAAAUGCAGACAAGGAAAGACAAGGGUAAAGUUGCUAGAUGGAUGAGUUAGAGAAUCUUUUUUUUUUUUUCAAGUUCUGUGUCAAGGAGCCAGGGAAAUGUCUUAGCCAUAAGAUAGAGUGCCUACAGGUAUAAGCUGCCGAGGUCAAAUCCCCAGUACAUACGUGCAAAGCCCAUCAUGACUUUGGGGGCCUGUAAUCCCACACUGAGAGUUGGAGACAGAUGACUCCCAAGAGCUCCUUGGUCCAGCCAGUCCAGCUGAAAUGGAGAGCAUCUGCCUCAGAAAGAAACCCUGUAUGGUGGUUUGGAUGAAAAUGUCCUCCAUAGGCUUACAUAAUUGGCUACUUGAUCCCCAGAUGGUGGAACUAUUUGUGAAGGGUUAGGAGGUGUGGACUUGUUGGAGGAGGUGUGCCGCUGAGGGUGGGCUUUGAGGCUUCAAAUGAAAGGCCCAUGCCAUUUCAAGUUAGUUCCCCCUCCCCAACCCUGCCACAUGGUUGUUGUCACAAGAUGUGGGUUCUCAACUCCUGCUCCAACACCAUGCCUGCCUGCCUGCCUGCCUGCCUGCCUGCCUGCCUGCCGUGCUCCUUGCCAUGAUGGAAAUGGGCUUACCCUCUGAAACUGUAAGUCUCCAGUAGACUCUUCUAUAGUUGCCUUGGCCUUGGGUGUUUGGUCACAGCAAUGGAGACAUAACUAAGACCUUGUUUCAAGGCAAAAAGGCAAAUACCUGGUAUUCUAUUCUAACAUCCACACUCAUGAGCAGUCAAAUACUCACAUGCAUGUACUAUACACUUGAAACACACACAUACACACAAACACACAGUAAAGCGCCUGAAGAGACUGAUUUCCCCUUUGGAGGAAUUCAUAGGUUUUUUUCCUGGUAUAUUUAAAGUCAAUUACAGUGGGGCAGGGACUAUUUCUUUCCCCCAAGAAGUUUACUGUAUAGUGAAGGAGACAGACAAUUACAACAAAAGUUCCCGUGCUCUAUGUCCAGUGCCUUGAUGAAGUUAUACACCUAGUCCUAUGGAAAUCGAGGAGAUGGUGUCAUUUUAAUGCACUCCCACACUGUUUCCCCAAGCUUAUUGAACAAAUAUUAACCAUAUGGAUAAACAAAGAGCAAAAUAGCAGGAUAGAAGACGGCCCUGCAAAUGUAAAGGAACACACAGUCCAUUCCUGAAAUGGAGUUUUUGGUUUUUCUUAAGAUGGUAUAGCAUCAUUACAAGGUGUCAGGCAGAUCCACAUUUAGGAAAAUAACCUUUAUGGUAGUACAGUUCAUGGAAUACCGAUCAGAAAUUGGAGCAAAGUCCAUAGGACAUGGUAUAGCCUUGUGGCAGAUUGCAUUCCUAGUAUGCAUGAAGUCCUGGGUCAAACCACCAAGCUGCACAGAAAAAAAAAAGUGUACCAAAACAGUUGGAAGGCUCUUCUAAGGUGUUGAGGGCCGGGAUCGAUGCAGUAACUGAUAGAGAAAUGAUGCAGCUGUUUGGAUAUGGUUUGUGCAUUUCCCCCAAGGGUUCACAUAGGAGUCUUGUUCUCAGACGGAGAUGUUGGGAGUUGGGUGAGACCUAAUGAGGAGAAAUUAGGUCAUGGAGGAAACUCCCUCUGGAAGGGAUUGAUAUAGAGGAAACUCCAGUUGACUGUUUUUUGGGGGUUGUUUUUGUUUUUGUUUUUUAAAGCAACACCUGGCCCUUCCCCAACCACACUGGCUUCCCCUUUUUGCCAGAUGAUUCCCUCUUCUUGCACAUGCUGUUACCAUUCAGAUUUCAUCUGCCACAAUGUCUCUUUAGAGUCAAGCCCAGGCAGGUGUCAUGUCCUUGAGCAAAAAGAACUAUGGUUUAAAGACAUCUCUUUUCUUUACAAAGUUAUCAAGAUGCAGAUACUUUGUUGCACUGAUAGGGAAGAGACUGAUGCAAAUGGUCAGACGGGAGAAUUAGUAAAAUUGGGAAUUAUUAAAAUGAAUGAGGACUGGUGGCUGCUUGGAGCUGGAGGACAGGAACAGAAAAAAGAUGAAUAUACCCGUUCCUAGGUGCUUGCCUGCGAAACUGUAUGUGGGUGAUGGCGAUAUUCCCUGAGAUAAGAAACAUGAAAACAACUUGGGAAGCAAGGCAAAUGCUAAGUUUGAUAUUUUUUUGUCAUCUAUGAAGCUAUAUAAUUUAAGUUUAUUUUAACUAAUAUACAGAGAUAUUAAAAUAAUGCAUAUAAAUCAUGCAUAUUAACAUAGUACAGUGUGAUGCCUGAGUACAUAUAUCACAUUCUGUUGCCCUCAGAGGUCAGAAAGGGGGUGUCAGAACUCCUGGAAUGGGAAUUACAGACGAGCCACACAAUGUGGGUGUUGAGAAUCAAGGCCAGAGCCUCUGGAAGUGCAUCAAGUGUUUUUAAACCAAUGAGCUGCCCCCCACUUCCUCCAGUCCCCUACCAGCCCCUCCUUAAGAUCCAGAGAAAAAUUCCAUCUGCUUUAAUCAAACGGUCACCAAGUGCUAGGGAGCAUGGUGACAGCUGUUAUGGUGAAGGCCAACAAUGCACUCACCUUUCACAGUGAGAGAGUCUAACAAAACAAUGGUGGAGGCUGGAGAAAUAAAUGCAUUAGGGGUCAAGAGACUUCCUGGUCUUUCAAAGUACUGAAGUUUGAUUCUAAGUACCCACAUAGAUGGCCACCUGUAACUCCCCCUCGUGGGGGAUCUAACGCCCUCUCUUGGCCUCCACGGGUACCACAAAUGUGCACAUACAUGCGCAUAUACAAAUAACAAAAAAUAAAAUAAAUAAAUCUUUUGAAAUGCCA